AUGGACACUGGGUGCAAAACGUCCGAGGAUGAUAUAGCUCUCGAGAUCAGUUUUCUCAAGGAAGAAAUCAAAGCCUCAUCAAAUAAUGAAGUCAAGGCGACGUAUUUGAGCAAGCUUGCCUCUCGGUUUGGUGACGUCUACAAACAGACAGAGGCUAUAGAUAAACUCGAAGAAGCAAUCUUCUUCGCGCGGCAGGCCGUCACAGCGAGUCCACCCGACGAUCCAGAACUGUCACAGAGGCUGCAUUAUCUAGGCGUUUGUCUCUCUACAAUUUAUGGCAGGAAGGGUGUCCUGGCAGAUCUCAAAGAUGCAAUUGAGAUUGGCAGGCAGGCCCUAGAUCUCACGACAGGAGCCUCUCCAGAAAGGAGCUUGAGAUUGUCAAACCUUGCCCUACGAUUUUGGGAUAUGCUGUAUUCUGAAACUAAAUCAACCAACCAUCUUCAACAAGCCAUCACAGCCGCAACACAGGCAGUUUCUUCAACAAGAGAAGGCAGCUCUGGGCGAACAAUUUGCUUAAACAACCUUGCCAACCUAAAACACUGCGAGUAUAAAAUAACCAACGAUGAAGCCAAACUAGAAGAAUCCGCUCAGCUGCACUGGGCCGCGCUGAAUGAAUCGAACUCGCCAACGGUCGAGCGCAUUCACGCUGCCAAAUGCUUGAUUCCCAUAUGUUCAGAUCUGCAACAAGCUUACGAAGCCGCAAAACUCGCUAUUGAUCUUGUCCCCAGCCUGUGUAUCAGGUCCCUUGAAACGGAUGACAGGCAGCAUCUACUCAGCCGGGUAGGAAGUUUAGCCUCUGAUGCAGUAGCAGCCGCCUUUCGGGCAGGCAGGACACCUCAAGUUGCUCUGGAAUUUCUCGAACAGGGUCGUGGCAUGCUUGCAACAUCACUGGAAGAGUUGCGGGCUGAUAUUACGACUUUGAGGCAGCGAGAUCCCUCGAUGGCAGAUGAGUUCUUACGCCUCGCAAAUCAGCUUGAAACACCCGCAGUUUCACAUUUAAGCAUCACAAUGGAGCAAUUAUCGUCAAGUGAUGCUGGGGAGAACCCACGCUACAAUGCGGGAAAUGAGUUUGAUGAUCUCGUUUCGAAUAUUCGCAAGCUUCCAGCAUUUGAAGACUUUCUUCUUCCCCCAUGCGAAGCCCAAAUUCUGGAGGCGACAGCAUCUGGGCCAAUCAUCAUCAUCAAUAUCAGUGAGAUUCGAUGUGACGCUCUGAUCGUCGAGACGAACGGCAUCAGCGCCUUACAUUUACCUCAUCUCUCCAAGAGCGACAUGGAGGAAAGGUCUAGAACUGUAAGAGGGCCGCUGACGAAUCGAAAGGUCUUUGAAUGGUUAUGGGACGUCGCUGCCUGCCCGAUUCUGGAAGCACUUGGCUUUACGAAACCACAGUCCGAGAACGACCCUCUGCCUCAUGUGUGGUGGAUCCCAACCGGUCCUUUGACUAGAUUCCCCAUACAUGCCGCUGGGUAUCAUAGCAAGCGGUCCGGUAAUACAGUGCUUGACAGGGUCAUGUCUUCAUACAGCUCCUCUGUCAGUGCCAUAGUUCGUGGUCGGAAGCGUCGUCAAGUCGCGGGUCAGGGCAAGGCGCUUUUCAUAGCCAUGGAGCACACACCAGGACAGUCGUCACUUCCUUUCGCUACGAAAGAAGAAGCUGUCAUUUCCAAAAUGAUGAAUCUCGAGGUGAUCAACCUAAAAAUGCGCCGUAAGGAGGAAGCCAUGGCCCAGUUGAAAAAUUGCCAGAUAUUUCACUUUGCUGGCCACGGCUUCACAGACCAAAACGACCCAUCCAAUAGUCGUCUGCUUCUGGAAGACUGGAAACAGAGUCCGCUUCGCGUAGCCGACCUCCUAGAGUUGAAUUUGAGGGAGCGGUCGCCUUUCCUGGCUUAUCUUUCGGCUUGUGGAACUAGCCAGGUUCAUAAUGAGAGCCUUGCCGAUGAGAGUAUCCAUCUUGUGAGUGCCUGCCAGCUUUCAGGAUUCCGGCAUGUCAUCGGUACUCUCACAAGCGUCGAGGACGAGAUAUGCGUAGAAAUGGCGAGGAUCACGUACGAGGAAAUUCUUGAUAGUGGUAUGACUGAUGAAUCCGUCUGCCGAGGAGUACACAAAGCAAGCCGAUGGCUCCGGGAUAAAUGGGUUUCUGGCAGAAAUCCCAGGGGAGAUGCAAGCUUGGUUCGAGGUAACUCUACAUCUUUUGUCAUUGGCUCUGAUAAUGAUAGCCGUGCUCAGCCUCCCAGAGAUAUCUUUGAGAUCGACAGCAGUGAGGAUGAUCACGAAUGUUUAGGCCAGGCGAGCUGGGCUCCAUAUGUGCAUUUCGGUGUAUAG